GUGGGGGGACAUAAGUUAUGAGACAUCACCAGUUCUCAGCAAUGGACAAAACUUUAAAUGCAAAUACAAAAGAUGACUCCACCAUCAAAGUUGCCCAAUACCGAACCAUUGAUCCUGCUUUGCUGUUCCAUCGGUUCCUGAUCUUAUCGAAAACUGGACAGUUUUCACUGGAAGAUGUAAUGAGCCAUGAGCUCUGCUCAUUUCCUGCAGUCCUGUUCGAAGGCAAGGAAAUCCUCCGUAAAGCCAACAAGCCCCAACUAGCCCAGGCAGUCACUGAGUUCUCAAGCAAGAAAUCUAACAAAACUGUCCUGGAUUCCAUCCCACCAACUGAGCAUUAUGUCCUUGACGGUGGCUCCCUGGUUCACUGCUUGGCAUGGAAAAAGGGUGACAGUUACGGUGCCAUUGCACAGUCAUAUGCAGGCUUUACCAUAUGCCAUUAUGGUACAGCAACAGUAAUUUUUGAUGGUUAUAGCGAAGGUCCUUCAAUCAAAGACAAUAAGCAUCAGAGACGUGGUGAAAACACUGACCCCAUCGUUAACUUCAAUGCAGAGACUGAGUUUGUGGGAAGAAAGGAUGAUUUCCUUUCCAGAUCUUGCAACAAACAAGGACUUAUCAAUCUUAUGACCGAGGAGCUGGAGAAGAAGGGCUGCACUGUUGUCAAUGCAUUAGGUGAUGCAGACGUGGACAUUGUGAAAGCUGCAGUCAAGGCCAUAGAACAUCAGCCCACAACCUCAAUAGGGGAGGAUACAGACUUACUCAUUCUUCUCCUCUACUAUGCUGGGACGAACAAUAAAGUCCAAAGCUACUAAAGUGUACAACAUCAGUGAGAUGAAACAAGUCCUGGCUAGUGACUUGUGUUCCCAGUUGCUGUUUAUUCAGGCCUUCACAGGAUGUGAUACAACUAUUUUUAGUGUUGGCAAACAGACAGCAUUCCAGAAACUUGUGAAUUGUGAAUCAACCAUCCAGUCCUGUGCAAAUGCGUUUCUGCUCCAACAUCAAGCAAGGAAUGUCAUAGAAGACCAUGGGACCAAGGCAAUGGCAGUGUUGUUUGGCGGAAAGAGUACCGAUUCACUUGCCUCUUUGCGCUACAACCUUUUUAGCAAGAAAAUCGUUACCGCCAAAUCAUUUGUUACCCCAGAACGUCUGCCUCCAACAGAGUCCUCAACCAAAUACCACUGCCAAAGAGUUUACUUCCAGAUCAUGGUGUGGAUUGGAAAGGAAGGUGACAUGAACACAGUGGAUUGGGGUUGGAAACUGGUGGACAACCGGUUCCUGACAGUUAUGACCAGUAAGACUGCUGCCCCAGAAAGCCUCCUGCAGAUGAUCCACUGUAAUUGCACAACUGUCUGCCGGACACAACGGUGCAGUUGCAGGGCAUAUAGACUACCAUGCAUGCCUGCUUGUGGACCAUGUCAAGUUGGGAAUUGUGAGAAUCACUAUAAUCAACCUCUAUGGGAGGAAGAGUGUGACGACUAAUGGUAAAUCUAGUGAAGGUCACAGUGCAAAAAAGUAUAAAAAAUAAACCAGAAUAAGAGGAAACAACUGAAGAAAAUAUAAAAAGAUAUGUAUAAAUAAGAAAAGUAUUAAAAAAGUAUAAAAAACAAAAUGGCAAAAAAACCAAAACGCAUUAUAAAAAAAAUAUAAAAACAUAAAACACAAAAAAAUAAAAAGGGUUAGCGGUACUGAGCCUUCCCGUGGCAGCCCUGUUUUGACUAAUUUUACAGUACCACACAGUUCUAAUGAAUUUAUACUUUAUUGGAAUCAAAAGACUGGAACCACAGAAACCACCAACACUAAGCCAAACGAUAUGAGAAAGGAGAAAUAUGCAACUACUUAAGGGAAAUUUUACUUAUUUUUCGCAUAAAUAUGCUUGUAACCAAUUGCUUUAAUAUAAAAUUUAAGAGUCAAUUACUUUUAUUAUUCUUUUUUUAUUUACAUUCGCCAUCAUGUCCCUGUUAAUGAUCUUUUAUUUGAUGCUGA